AUGAAACAGCCAGUGUCCACCACUACUGGCGGCCGCUACCUGCUCUCCCUGACCCAGCUAUCCACCUCACUACCCGCCUCCUGCACCUGCAGUAACCGCCACCCACCUGCCACCCUCACAUGGAAUGCAGGUCAAUUGAGCCUCAGUCCAAAUAGACCGCAGGACCCAUUAUUUAUUUACACAUUUAUUUACAGUUUAAUUUAUGUACUUCUUUGUAAAUUAAUUUAUUUAUCUUUUGUAUGGUCGCAGAACUGCAUCGCGAGGGCACUGUACGACAACGUGGCCGAGUCCCCUGACGAGCUGGCCUUCAGACGCAACGAUAUGCUGACUGUGUUGGAGCAGAACACAGCCGGCCUGGAGGGGUGGUGGCUGUGUUCCCUGCGAGGACGGCAGGGUAUCUGUCCUGGUAACCGCCUGAGGAUCAUGCCAGGGAUGUAUGACACAGGUGCUGGUGUGACAUCACUGGCAUCCCUCACAUCAGCACACAGCUCUGCCACCACCACCAUCCCAGCGGGACGCCUUGGUGCCACCAGCCCAGCCCCCAGGACACAGCGACCACUCUCUAACAAGGUUGUAACACCACGUCGAAUUGGAGAUGUGUACACAUAUGAUACGCCUCGUCCGCUGACUCACAACCAACAAGCUUCUCAGUUGGACUAUGACAUCCCACCCACAAAACACUCUCCACAUGACACUGGAGGGGCUCGUCUGUCACGCAGCAGCAGUCUCCGAUAUGAUGCCCCUCGACCUCACAUACGUUCACCACUGGACCAGUAUGACAUACCUCGUUCCCAGUAUGACUCUCCUAAGGUACGACCACUUUAUGACUCGCCAAGGUCUCAACAGCACUAUGAUUCACCUAGGACACACCCUGACACUCAACGCAUAGGGGGCGCACCACGUAGCCUAAUUAAAGGGAUUCGUGGAGGUGCUCCACCAACUGUUCUAGCAGGAAGUGACAACCAUCAAGAGUAUGAUGUGCCAAGACCCACAAAUGCCAACCAGGAUGCUCACUUUGAUAUGCCGCCAAGUGACCGCUCUAGUGGAGUUUCUGUCAUGUCAUGCGAGUCCUCACAGCUGUCAACUUCUUCCUCUGCUUCAUCUUUAGCUGCAUCUGAGUCACUCUCCUUAUCCUCACUUGGUGGCUCUUCUAACCGCUCCAGCUUAGAGUCCCACGAUGUGUAUGACAUCCCACCAGAACCACGAAAAGUUAUAGGAUCUCAGCGUCCUAAGCUUCCUCCCCGAGAAUCAAGGGAUACAAGGGAUGCCUAUGAUGUUCCUCGAUCUGUUUUAACAGUAGGAAUUGACACUUACGACACACCUCCCUCUAGAGUGCCACGUGCACUUAUAAUACGAGGUGGUGAAGGCGUGUAUGAUGUUCCACCACAGGUUAGUAGAGAUGUUCGUCAGCCAGAUUCUGUGGAUGGCACCACAAACCGUUUAUCCUCUGGUUCUGACUCAUCUGGUGGUGAAGUGGACUUAAGUCUUGGGAAAGAGCUUCCUUUGGAACAUGACUCUGCUUUGGAUACCUUGGCAAAAUUACAGCAGGAAGUUUAUGGAGCCAUAGAGAAAUUGUCAACAGUACACCAGAGUGGAACAUGGCGAACACGAGAGACAGUAGAGGAGCGUGAAGACGAAAUGAAGAUGAUUGUCUUCCGAUUAUGUCAAUCAGUCCAUGAUAUUCUUGAGUUUGGUCAAGGGUCAGCUGUUAAUGCCGCCCGAAAUGGGGAACGAGGUGUAGCUCGACGGCUGCAACAUCUUAUGGAACCAGUGACAAAGUCAGCAACAAUUGUGGAUGAAGUUUGGUCCAGGUUGCAAGAAGGUGGAUGGACACAGGCAUUGGCAUGUGGUGCUAAUCCAGAGAGCCUUAACCAAUUGGCAGUCAUUGCUCAUACUUUGGUGGAUGAUGUACGUCUCUUGUCUUCCAACAUCCAGUCAAAGAUUGCUUUUAUAUUCAAAAAAUCACCCAGUUUUGAUCUAACAGGAUUUUCACGUCAGCAAGGAAUUGAAGAUGACGAAAAAACUCCAGUUCAGGAGCGUCCUCUACCCGAUCUUCCAGAGAAGAGGCAGCUCGAGAAUAUGUAUGAAAAUGAUGCAAGAACUUGGCUUGAGGAUUAUGAUUAUGUAAACUUGGAGACCCGUGAGAGUAUGGAACGUGAGCAUGAAGAUAUAAAGAAGGAGUUACCGGCUCAACUACGAAAGUCAUUUGACAAUUUGGUGAAACAAUCACAGUUGAUCGUAGACAGCGAUCAUGAAAAGGCUCUGCGCAAAGGUGACUCAACAUGUACCAUCACUGACAAAAAGGGCAGUAAUAUUUUAGACCCAAAUGACCGGCAAGUGGUAACUUUCUAUGGAACUCAAGCAGAGGUACACCUUCAGCAUCUGAACACUGCUAUUGAUGCCUUCCUCCUCACAAUAGAGAACAAUCAGCCACCCAAGGUUUUCAUUGCUCAUUCCAAGUUUGUUAUCCUGAAUGCACACAAAUUAGUCUACAUUGGUGACACUGUCCAUCGUAAUGUAGUAAAUGCUGAAGUAAGAACCCGUGUGUUAAACUGUUCCAAUGCAUUAUGUGAUGCUAUGAAGAACACUGUAUCUGCAGCUAAGACAGCAGCACUACAAUUUCCAUCAGUGGUGGCAGUUCAAGCAAUGGUAGAUGCAUUUGUUGCUGUUUCUCACUUAGCUAACAAUCUGAAACAAGCUGUCUCAGCUGCUCCUCUGUGAUGUUAAUGCCAUAUACCUCUUUGACUAGCUCAAGAGUUUGACAUACAAAAUGUAUUGUCAUUCUUAUGAUCUUCACAAAGUUAUUUCAUUAACCAUAGCAAGCGACUGAGAUAUCCCAAUCCUCUCCCUGGUGCUAUGUACAGGAUUGCAGGAGAGGUGGGCCAACUAAUGAUUAGCCAAUUAUGUGUUAAAUAUCAAAACCACCUGUAAUUUUUUUCAGGAAGUAAAUAUUAAAUUUGAUUAUGUCCAAUAUUUUGUAGUAAUGAAUUAAAAAAAUCAUGGAACAUCAGAAUUAAUAGGAUUUGGGAGUAGUGUAAAUUUUGAAAAUAUUGUAUAUAUAAUUUACUGUACUCUUUUUUAUCAUAAUUUACCUACAUUAAAAAAUUAACCAAAAUUUAUUUUAAUUAAGCAGCAAUCAUUCCCUUAUGCACACAUCAUAUAUGUAUAUAUUGUCUCACAAUUAGGUACUGUACUGUAUUUAUUUUAUCUGAAUCACUUGUGGAUAGUUAACCACCUGCUGAGUUGAUGAUAUACAAAAUGAUUGGGUUGGUGCGAUUGGUUGAUAUGACUGCAAUUGGAAGUCAUCCUGACAUUUUUUACCUGCAUUGGUCAGCUCUGCAAAUGCCUUUCUUAACUAACUGACUGGCAGAUUUUUUCUCCCAUGGCCCUGGCCCACUCAUGCCUUGGGCUCCUCACUGCACCCUGGCUUGUGCCCGGCACCAACACGGCUCAUGUCCAGUUUGUGGAUUCCUUGUUAAUAUUGUACAUUAUCAUGCUGACGCUUUAACUGUCAUUUACACAAACAUUUGCAAAUUUCUAAAGUUUAACAUUAACAAUAAUCCUAUUUUAAGUUACUCCAAAUUAUUCUGUUCAAGUUUUACUGAAUUAUCCUUUGAAAAGUGUAAGUUGUAUGUUAUCAGUCUGUUACCUUGACCUUCUAGUGUCAUGAUCUGCCCUUAGUGACAAGACAAGGUUGGCUUAAGGAUAUAUCUUAGGUUUUGGUUUAUAUAAUUUUCAAGAUUAUAAACCUUACAAAAGGGUAGACAUCAGCAAAUAAAAUAAAAAUAUAUAUGAAAUUUUAUCGUUCUUUGAUUGAGUUUUUUGUCAAUAUUGUAUUGCAUGUGUAAUUAACAGCAGCAGUAGAUUGACUGGUCCCAAAUUAGAGGCCAAUAUAUGUGAUGAUUUUUAGCCAUUGAAUUUAUGCCAUGGUUAACUAAUACAGUAUUGAGAGCUUUUGUUUCAUGUUCUUGAUUGACUACUGUAGUUGUCAGUCUCACAUUGUAGAAUUUCCUGUGCCCAUUAUGAACUUGAUGUACUGUAUAAUAAACCAAUAUAUUGAAAGAAAAAAAACCAGGACUUGCCAGUAAACUAUAUAGUACUCUUCCAUUUUCUUAAAUAAUGCAGGUAAUGACUUCCACUGGUUGCAGUCAAGAUGGUGGAAUUCUAAAUUCCCAGGCUGUGAUUUUAGUGUUUAAGUAAAGAUAAUUUUAAUUAGAUUCAUUGUAAAUACAUUAUGCCAUUGUAUAUAUUGUACAACGAUAAACAUGUUAAGAAAACACAAAGCAUGUUAGCAAUUAUUGAAAUAUGUUCUGCAUGCUACACAGUAUGCCAGCAGAGUGUAGGUAGGUGCUGCAAUAAGAACCUCACAUAUCCCCCAAGGCAAUCUGCCCUCUUAGGUGCCCAGGCUAGUUCUAGCCAUGUAUUCCCACUGAAAUCAAAAAGAAGUGCUGUAAGAGAAGUGCUACGCUUGAAGUGGUCCUAUUGCUUCUUAGCCUGAGCUUAGCCACUGUCCACCCACAGCAUGAAUGUUCCCUUGGCAUAUUCAUGCCUUUGUUAACAAAGUUAAUGUUAACAAAAUCCAGCUAUUAUAUGUAGUUUAUAUAAUGUAUUAAGAAAUGGGUUUAAUGAUACCUAAUAUUUAACAGGAUCUAACUGUGUCCAUAUUACACCCAAAUAUUGAUUACUGUCAUCAUUCCACUGCCGCUUCUAACUGCCAUCAGUCAUAAUGAAGUUGUCUCUAGUGAACAAAAUGGUGUAGCAAUGACGUGUGUUUAUGUUUUCAAAGCAGAAUAGGAAAACCAUAUACAUGUACCUGCAAUUCACAAUGAUUGAAUGAAUAACACUUAACUUCAUAAACUACUGUACACACAACACAGCAUUAUUGGAUAUCAACAGUGUAACCUACUCUUUGCAGACACACAUGGACAUAUCUUAACUGAAAAUAUGAGUAGGUACGGUAUAUAUAAAUACACAUAUGACCAUAUUUACUUACAUUAUGCAAAAGCUGUAGGCUUUGUGAAUCUUGUAUCCCUUGUAAGAAAAAAGAAUUUAAAAUUAGUUAAUGUAACAAAGUACACUGACAUUUAGAUAAUAGAUUGUUUCAAGGAAUUACAAUAAGGUUUAUCAUGUGAUUUUGAUAUAAUUAUUAAAAGCCUUCUUGAAUAACUUUGAAACUUUUUGCGUUUGUCUGUGACUGCUGAAAUUUAAGUUGUACAUUAAGAAUUGUAACCUUGAAACCUGAACCUGUCCAUUGUGUCCUUGUGCAUAUUGUGUGGUAAUGUGAUUACAUCUUGUGUUUUUGUACCUAUAUUUGAUAAUAUGUAAUGUACUUUAACAGGCCAACAACAUAACCAGGUUAAUAAAAAUAACUGUAUGUA